AUGACCUCCUCAACCGCAACCUCCUGGUGGAGGCUGAUCCGCUUCGUCGCGCGCGAAGACGGUCAAACCUACUUCGGCCAGCCCCUCGACGACACGCUCGACGUCGGUGUCGCCUAUGCCAACGCCUCGCCCCUCAUCAAAGCCAAUGUCCUCUACGCCCACCCGCUUUCUGGACCUGCACCUCUGUCCGGCGUCAUCAAGACGGUCUCCACCCUCCUCCCACCAUUGCUGCCUUCUGAGGUGCCAACAAUCCGUGCGCUGGGCGCCAACUUUGUGCAACCAGGCCAAAACGCCUUCGACGCAAUCAAAAAGCGACCCACUAUCCCCAUCCUGUUCUACAAGCCUCUCUCCACCCUCUCGGGGCCAGGAAGGGACAUUGUGCUCCCGAAAUGUGCCGAGGGAGAGUCGGACUACGAGGUGGAGCUCGUCGUUGUGCUCGGUCAGACGAUCAAGGAUGCCACCCCUGAGGAGUGCAUGAAAGCCAUCCUUGGGUAUACGCUAUCGAACGAUGUCUCGGCGAGAGUCCGGAUGUUUGCCGUACCCCAAUGGGGGCUGGGCAAAUCGUUCGAUGGCUGGCUCCCCAUUGGACCCUGCCUCGUCUCCGCUAGCAACGCAAGAGGCAUCCAGAACCCGGACAGCGUCCAUCUGACCACCAAGCUGAACAACAGAGUCAUGCAGGAUGGCAACACCAGCGAGAUGCUGUGGAAGACAGCAGAGACGCUGGCGGAGCUGAGCAAAGGUACGACGUUGGAACAGGGCAGUUUGGUCAGCAUGGGCACGCCCCCCGGCGAAGGGUUCAAGAGAAACCCCAAGGUCUGGUUGAAGGACGGUGAUACGGUGCAGCUGUGGGGCAGCGGCGGGCUGGGUAGUCUGAUCAAUGGGGUUAGGAACGAAGGCAAGGGCGACAAGGUACCUGUGUUCAAGGCGAAAUUGUAA